AUGACUGAAUACAAAUUGGUUAUUGUCGGUGGUGGUGGUGUAGGUAAAUCUGCCUUAACUAUUCAAUUGAUUCAAAAUCACUUCAUUGAUGAAUACGAUCCCACCAUCGAAGAUUCAUACAGAAAGCAAGUUACUAUCGAUGAUGAGACUUGUCUUUUGGAUAUCUUGGAUACUGCUGGUCAAGAAGAGUACUCUGCUAUGCGUGAUCAAUACAUGAGAACCGGUCAAGGUUUCCUCUGUGUCUAUGCUAUCACUUCACGUUCAUCAUUCGAUGAAAUUGCUGCUUUCCGUGAGCAAAUUCUCAGAGUCAAGGACAAAGACAGAGUUCCAAUGAUCGUUGUCGGUAACAAGUGCGAUUUGGAGUCUGAACGUCAAGUCACCACAGGUGAGGGUCAAGACUUGGCCAAGUCAUUCGGUUGUCCAUUCCUCGAAACCUCUGCCAAGAUUCGUGUCAACGUCGAAGAAGGUUUCUACACUCUUGUCCGUGAGAUCAGAAAGGAUUUGAAGGGUGACUCCAAGCCAGAGAAGAACCACAAGAAGAAAUCAAUCCUCAAAGCCUGUACACUUCUCUAA